AUGGUCCUUCCAUCGGUGCUGACGCAAUUAUCAGCAUCUCUUAAUUACAACACGACGACCAAGUCAGCAUGGGGCUCGCUUCUUGGCGUACAAGAGGGAACAGAAUCUCCCCCCAGCCGUUUCGAGCGUUUCUCGGCGAUCAAGCCAGUUUCCCGGAUCGAUGCGGUUCAGACUUCAGCAAAAUGGCAUUCCGUGCUGGAGACGCCUAAUCAAAUGUUCCGAGCACAGUAUUUUCAUGGAACCAUGCGUCCAGAUGCUAAGCGCCUCUACGACACCUACUUAGCUUGGAAACAGUCCGUCUCCAAGUUGUCGGACGUCGAGGGGCUCUACCCUACGUUUGUCAUGAACAUCAUGCCCAAGAGCGCGCAAUCUGUGGCUAGGCAUAAUGGAAUCGGAAACAUUUGGGGCUUGGAUGAUAAGGAGUCCUUUGUCGGUACGUUCCCCCUUUUACAUCCUAUGCUUCCACGCACCACAUUUACACGGUCAGAGUUUGGCAAGCCUCUACUGGCUGGGCUCGUCCCGAAGAUGAUAUCCGAGAUGGGUUUGGCCAGUGACUUCAUCUAUAUGGGCGAUGCAUCCGAGACUCAGAAUCCCUGGCUUGGAAUUCCCUUCAAGAAUGUUGAGAAACUCAGACAGAUCCGAGCAAAGUAUGAUCCUGAGGGUGUCUUUGCCAUUCUUAAUUGGGGUGGAUACAAGCUGGGACACUGA